GGAGAACAGCUAAUAAUAUCACCAAAUCCUAUACAAGCUGAGGACCCGGAUGUUGAUAUUAGGUCGCCCGUUGAAUACUCUUUUAAUUCUGAUUCCGAAGAAUAUUCGUACUUUGAACUGGACCAACAUUCCGGAAGAGUGAGCAUUAAGAGACCCCUACCUCAUAACCUACCUCUACCCUUAACCCUGGUUAUUCGAGCCACACAAGUGAACAAUAAAGACAAAUACUCUCUGACCACGCUUACAGUGACCACCGACCGACCAAUUCCUAACGUCCUCAAGUUCUUGCAGAACGGUUACGUCACAACUGUUUUAGAGAGUACUCCGCCCGGUGCUGUGAUUUUGACUGUCCAGACAUCAAAACCUGUAGAUAUGAACAUCCGCUUAAAACUGUUAGGUGAUUCAAAUGAAUAUUUUGCUGUGAGAGACACGGGAGAAAUCAUCGUUGCCAAGCCUUUAGACUUCGAGACACAACAACAGUUCUAUCUUGAUGUAAUGGUGUCUGAUGGUCGCCAGAGUGACUUAACCAGUAUAAACAUCACUAUCAUGAACGUUAACGACAAUGAUCCAACCUUCAUGGAGACUCGGUACACGUUUAAAGUGACCGGUCCUGAUAUUCGUCCUGGAAAGUUGAUAGGAAAAGUGGAGGUGACCGAUGGAGAUACUGAUGACGUCGUGGAGUUGAGUAUAAAGGGACCGUUUCCAAAGUUAUUCACUGUGUCCAAUCAAGGAGAAAUUCGGAUUCUGAACUUGGAGUUUCUAAACACCAGUGUCUGUCAUGUGUUUGUGGUUGCUACGGACAACGGUAUCCCUCCGCGCCAAACCAGUGUUCCCGUGACCGUUCAGUUUCCUGAAGAGCUGUUGCAAGGGCAUGUGAUGAAGAGUAAUGGAAAACAUAAUCCUUUUGUGUUAAUGGUUGUGUUCAGCGUGUUGUUGGCCUCUCUAUUUGUUGUGAUUGUUAGUCUCACCAUCUAUAUACUAAGAAGAAAACGAAACCGUGAACGUCUUCCAGCCACCACAAUCACAACUGACCAUCCUCCGACCAGUAAAUUGACCGGUUACGUGGGCAAUGUCCAGCUAGCUAGGAAACCUUCAGAACAACUCCAGCCUCAGCCUCGCCUUGUUGGAAAGGAUAAUCCCAUAUUUCACGUGGAUGAUGACGUAGAAGCAGAGGCUGUAAGCACUGUAAAUUUGAAUGAUCCUAACUCGUUGCACGUUGCCUAUUACAGAGAAAAGUGUCUUCCCAAAGGACCAUUCAUCCACGAAGAGCAGCGCGAAACUAGUCUAGAAGAAGUGGAAAUAAAUCCACUGCCAAAAACUGGUAAUGGUCACCUGAAUGAUGUGAAUCUGGAUUCUAAUUGGAUUAAAGUCCGUAACAACCAUUGGCUUAAUGGGUCUAUUCCCGAAAUAAUAAACAAA